AUGUCAAUACCAGAAGAAUGGUUAUGGCCGGUCAUUGUUGGAUUUAUCAUCGCCUUCGUGCUGGCGUUUGGUAUUGGUGCCAAUGAUGUGGCUAAUUCAUUUGGUACCAGUGUCGGAGCUAAGGUCCUGAGCCUGCGUCAAGCAUGUAUCUUAGCAACCAUAUUUGAAAUAGCUGGAGCAAUAUUAAUAGGGUCCAGAGUGUCAGAUACAAUACGGAAGGGAAUCAUAGAUGUUUCUCCUUACAAUGGUAGCGAAUCUUCCCUUAUUAUGGGAAAUGUGGCUGCACUUGGAGGAACUUGUGUCUGGUUGUUAACAGCUACAGCUAUCCGUCUGCCAGUCUCAGCAACCCAUUCCAUUGUAGGAGCUACUCUAGGUUUCAGUCUGGUAGCUCAAGGUGCUAAAGGCAUUGGUUGGGUCAAGCUGGGGAUGAUCAUUGGAUCAUGGUUUAUCUCCCCUUUGUUAUCGGGCCUUGUGUCCAUGUUAUUGUUUAUUUUGUUAAGAAGACUUGUUCUAAGCAAGGAGAAACCAUUAGAACCUGGGCUUCGUUUGUUACCAAUAUUUUAUGGUGUGACUGUAGUUAUUAACUCUUUCUCAGUUUUCUAUGAUGGAUCACGAAUGUUACAUUUUGAUAAGAUCCCUCUGUAUGGUGUGUUUAUAUUAUCACUGGGGCUAGGUAUAAUAAUAGCUGUUGUAGUCAAAUUUGUAGUGGUCCCAUGGCAGCGCAAGAGAAUCCUAGAGUACUCAGAGUUUUUAAACUGUCGUAAGAAUGAAGUCAAUCAGGACCAAAAAAAGAAGUUGGAUUACUCAGAAUGUCGGAGUUUACUACAUCAAGAUGAUAAUGGCAAUCAAAAUAAUCAAAAAUUACCAGAAGAUAAUUCACCAAUAGUUAAAAAUAGUAAAAUUUAUAAUCCCUUUAAAAAAGUCCUUAGAUCGAUAUCCAAAGACGAAGCCCCAAAAAUAGAUGAAGAGGUCACAGCAGAUGCCGAAACUCCUCUGAAAUCCAAGGACUUGGACGAAAAAACUCAAGAGGACAAGCCUGAAGCAGCCCGUCUCUUCUCAUUCCUGCAAAUUUUAACUGCUGUUUUUGGUUCUUUUGCUCAUGGUGGAAAUGAUGUUAGUAAUGCCAUCGGUCCAGUAGUUGCCUUAUGGAUGAUAUCCAAUGAAGGAUCUGUGAUGCAGAAAGCCCCAACUCCAGUCUGGAUCCUCUUAUAUGGAGGUGUUGGUAUUUCUUUAGGACUUUGUGUAUGGGGUCGUAGAGUCAUGAAAACCAUGGGUGAAGAUUUAUCCAAGAUUACACCUUCUAGUGGUUUUUCAAUCGAGAUUGGUUCAGCCUUAACAGUAUUAAUAGCCUCUAAUAUAGGAAUUCCCAUCUCUACCACUCACUGUAAAGUAGGGUCCAUAGUGUUUGUAGGCCGAGCACGUUCUAAUGAAAACGUAGAUUGGUCUUUAUUCCGGAACAUUAUCAUCGCUUGGCUGGUAACGUUACCAGUGUCUGGUGGACUCAGUGCGGCCAUUUUUGCUGGGUUACGAGAAACAAUAUAAUAGUGAUAAACUAAUGAAUUUAAUGUUCCUAUUCCAAAAUGCCAUUAUGCUAUUGUGUUCCACAGCUUGUUUCCAGCAAGGCUGGGUACAGUGUGCCAGUCAUAUACCUGAUACCCCUCAACAUAAGAAUGAGCUCUUCCACACGCACAUACUUUCUAUCUAUAUUGAAAUAUAUUUGGCGGAUUGGAAGAGCUCAUUUAUAAAGUUAGGGGUCAACUU